AUGAUGAAAGAUUGCAUUGAUUAUUCCAAGGUAUGUGAGUCUUGUCAAAGGCAUGGCCCAAUCCAGCAGGCUCCUUCGGUUCCCAUGAAUCCAGUAGUCAAGCCAUGGCCAUUCAGAGGAUGGGCGAUAGAUCUCAUUGGCAAGAUCUAUCCAGCCAGUAGUAAGCAGCAUUGUUUUAUCAUUGUAGCUACGGACUAUUUCACCAAAUGGGUGGAAGCCAAGCCUGUUAAUUCCACUACAUCUCAAGAGAUCAUCACCUUCAUAGAAGAACAGAUUAUACAAAGGUUUGGUAUUCCAGAAUCAAUCACAACAGACAGGGGAUCUUCUUUCAUAUUUGGAGAGAUGCUAGACAUGGCAGAAACAUUCAAAUUCAAGCUACUUUAAUCCACUCCUUAUCAUGCAUAAGCUAAUGGGCAGGCAGAAUCAAGUAACAAGGUGAUCAUCAACAUUAUCAAGAAAAUGCUUGAGAAGAAUCCAAAGCACUGGCACGAGAAGUUAUCAGAAACUCUAUGGGCAUAUAGGACUUCAAAAAGAGAGGCAACUGGCAUGACCCCAUAUGCUUUAAUUUAUGGUCAUGAUGCAAUUCUGCUUGUGGAAAUAGCAGUCCAAUCCCUCAGGAUUGCCCAUCAACACGGUCUGAUUGGAGAAGAUUAUUCUCAAGCCAUGCUGUUAGAACUGGAAGGAUUAGAUGCAAGUAGGAUUGAUACCCUCAACAAACUCUUAGCAGGAAAACAGGUUGUAUCAAGGGCCUACAACAAAAGAGUUAAAAACAAGAGUUUUGAAGAAGGAGAAAUAGUCUGGAAAGCAGUUCUGCCCCUCGGAACACACAUAGUUGGUUAUGGAAAGUGGUCGCCAACGUGGGAAGGACCUUUCAUAAUUCAGCAAGUCCUCAGAUUGGGGGCAUAUAGAUUACAGGACCAAGAUGGAGAUGUUCAUGCUGCACCAAUCAAUGGCAAGUGGUUAAAGAAAUUCUAUCCAACUAUGUGGGAUUCGCAAGCUGUGCAGAUAGAUCCUGGAAUAGAGAGAGAGAGAAAUGAAACUGUUGUUUAA